AUGAACGAAUAAGGCAGGUAUAGUAAAUUGAGUGAGGAGGAAGCAGCUGCUUAAUUUGAGUUGAGAAAAUAAUAAAUAAUGGGCAAUUUGUUGGAAUAAUAUGAGAGUAGCCAAAAAAAUAAAAAGACAUCCAAAAUAUCAAAACCACAAGAAAUAAAUCAAUAGGAAUUCAUCGUGUUCAAUCCUAAGAAACCAUCGUUGAAGAACCCUAAGCCGAAAUCAAAGCAAUUGAAAUUUGUUAAAGAAGAAUCUCCAAAAUAGAAUUCUACUCCUUAUCCAGAAGCAGAUGAAGAAAAGAUUGAAUAAAGUGUUGUGCCUACUCCAAUUGCAUAAACUCCCUCUAUCGUUAAAAUAGAUAGUGGAAACUUAAAAAAAAUAUUGUUGAAAGAUAUUGGAAAUAUAGAUUUGGAAAUACAAAGAUUAACAAGAGAAACGAAGGAUUUUGAAAUGGAUAAAUUAGCAAAUAAAUCAUAGUUUUCAUAUUAAACUUAAAGCACAAAAGAAGCUGCUUCUAGGAACAAUCCUCGACAGACUUCUUCUUAGCUAUAAUAACAAUCUAAAGUAUACUAUGAAUUAAGACAAAGACCAUCAAGUAAAGAAUCCCGCAUUUCUGAAUCAUCAUAUACAAGAAAAGCAGAAUGUUUCAAGGGAGUUCUAAGAAGUUCUAGCUUAAAAAAGCUACCUUAAUAAUAAUAACAAUAAUAAUAAUAAUAACAAUAAUAAUAACAAUAACAAGAAUUAAAAAAAAAUUAAAAUUCAUCUCAAUAAAAAAAUCCAAAUGAAAAAUAAACUGUGAACAAAACAGUAACAAUAGAGUCAGAAAAUAAAGAACCAACAAAUAAGAUUUCAUAAAGUGAACGCAAAGUACCUAGACCAAUGAUCUAAAUCAAUAGAAGUUAAUCAAAAUAAGAUUCACCUUAUGUUGAUAAAAAAACAACUCCUGUAAAGUCCAUGUUGAAAGUGUAAUUUAAUUCAAUUCCAAUCGGAUCCAAUUCCACUAAAAAUAACAGUGCAUCUUAUUUUCAUCACCACAAAGAAUCUUACAAUAGUUAAACUAGUUUUCAAAAAAAUAAAUGCGUUGAAGCAUAAAUAGAAGAAGCCUUUUAAUUAUACAAUAACCUAAAGUUCUUAAUGUAGAGUAAAUCUAGUGUUUUAUAGGUCAGAAAAGAUGGAAAUUAAAUGCCUAGAAAAACCGUUGAUUUUUUUUAACAUAAAGAAAUAGCUAAACCAACUUUAUUCUGA